AUGCCGCCCCCCUUGCGAAGCAUCGUGCGGACUCUGACAGUCAUCUUCGUAGCUGCUGGCAUCUGCACCUGGAGCAUCAAGCUGCUGAUGAUAGCAGCCAUCGGAGCGGUGAUGAGUCAGGUCAACGGACCGAUGCUGGUGGCAGCCUUUGCGCUGCUCCCACCCGUGGGGGUUACUGUAGCGGCGAUGGACGCCGUUUCAGGUCGAUCCUCAGGGGGAAUCUUCAUGACUCCGGCGGACAUUCUCUUGCCGGCAACAGCGUUUGUGACUCCGUUCCUAGGUCUGUGGAUUGCAAUGAUAACCUCUCCACCGCAGGCCAACGGCGGCCAAGUGGUUUUGCAACUCCAGAACACACCGCUCCAAGUGUGA